CCCAUGUGACCCAUCGGCAGGGGUGACGCCUCGGGUGCUCUCGCCUGUUUUCGAGGGCCCGUGUACCGGAGGCUGACGCUUCAGCGGAUUUAACGGUAAAACUGGGAAGGACCAUGGAGAACCAUCAGAAACUGGCAGAAAAGCUCACCAUCCUUAAUGGGAGGGGCAACGGGGUGCUGAUACGCAUGAAUUACAUCAAGAAGAUCUGUGCAGAUGCCAAGCUGCGGCCAUCCAUCCUGACAGACAAGACCAUGGAGCCUGCCAUCAAAUAUAUCACCAAGAAAUUCCCUAACAUUGACUUUCGCGGAACCGUUCAAAGUCUGACCAGCAUCCAGCGACAAAAGUCUGAAGUGAUGGAAGCCACAACAAGCUACUAUGACUCCUUUCUGGACGUCAUAGAGUUCCGGGACCACGUCUAUGAGUUACUAAACACCAUCGAUGCCAGUCAGUGCUUCUUCAAUAUUGCCAUCAACUUUGACUUCACCAAGAGCUACUUGGACCUGAUCAUCACGUACACCUCGGUUAUCGUCACACUUGCGCGCAUCGACGAGAAGAAGGCCCUUGUGGGGAUGUUUAACUGCGCUCACGAAAUGACCAAAGGAAGCAGUGAUCCCUCAUACCCGCGGCUCAGCCAAAUGUUUGUGGAGUACGAGCAUCCCUGGAAGAAGCUCACUGAAGAGUUUGGCCCUCAUACUAAGUCGGUGACGGCUGCUCUGCUGUCUCUGAGGAUGAUCUACCCGCGGAGGAAUCUGCCAGUGGAGCAGUGGCGGAGUGCCCAGCUACUCAGCCUGCUCAAUGCUUCGGCCACCAUGUUGGACCCGGCCUGCUGUGACACUAUGGCAUGUGAAUAUCUAUCUUUGGAUGUCAUAGAGCGCUGGAUCGUCAUCGGGUUCCUCUUGUGCCACAGCAGCCUGAAUAGCAAUCCAUCCUCCCAGGAGCUGUGGAAAAUGGCUCUGCGGAGCGGCCUAUACGUCACCAUCAUCAGAGACGAGCUGCUCAACAUACACAAAGUCUCGGAGGACCUUUUUGACAGCAUCAAAGGAUAUGGCAAGCGAGUCGCAGACAUUAAGGAGUGCCGCGAUCACGCCUUAGCCAACAGCGGGGCUCUGCAUCGUGAGAGAAGACACUUUCUCCGAGGAGCCUUGAAGGAGUUGGUAACAGUUCUGGAGGAUGAACCAGGACUGCUGGGGCCAAAGGCUCUGUUUGUCUUCAUGGCCCUCUCCUUCUCCCGUGAUGAGGUCCAGUGGCUCGUACGACACUCUGAGAACAUGCCCAAAAUAAAAACACCCGAGGACUAUAUUGACAAUCAGAUGGCAGAGCUGCUCUUCCACAUGGAGAAACUGAAAGGACUUAUAAGAAAGCACCACUACGUAGUGCAGCGUUACCACAUCCAGUACCUGGCUCAGUUUGAUGCCUUGGUUCUCAAUGACACAAUACAGAACAUGCACGUGUGUCCAGAAGAGGAAUCGGUUCUGCUGAGUUCUUUCGUUUCGACCCUUUCUGUGCUCUCAGUGAAACAAGUGGAGAGCAAAGAGGAGUUCGAUUUCAGGGCUGUGAGAUUGGACUGGCUGAGAUUGCAGGCUUACACCAGUGUGAACAAGGCCCCUCUGCCAAUCAAGGACUACCCGGACUUGGCCAAGGUGAUGAACAUGAUCCAGUUUCACACCAAGAUGGUGGACGCUACAGAAGAACUCCUGCGGGAAACGUCGGACGUGUCAAUUCUCUGUUUCUACCCGCGACUGUUUGAGAAGAUGUUUUGCCAAAACAUCGAUGAGACGACUAUGAAGAGAUACCUCAUGGCCUUCCCUUCUGUCUGCUCCAGUUUUCACUGGUGUGGACACCCUCUGUGCCCUGAAGAGGAGGAGGCCAUAGAGAAACGGAGUCUACGCUUGUGUGUGACCUUCCUAGAGCAGAUUGCCAAGCAAGCCAGCACGAUCAUGUUGGAGAUUUGCGCUGAGCAAUGCAACCUCAAUGACCAGUUGCUGCCCAAACAGUUUUCUGAAGCCAUCAGCGCCGCUCGCCACAGGAAGCAAAAGAAAGCCGUGCCCAAGAAAGGAGAAGUCCAGAAGGAAAAACCGGGAGCCGAAAGUCUGCGAAAGGACCGCACCAUAACAACCAACAUGGACAAGAUGCAUCUGAUGCUGACCGAGAUCUGCUCCUCCUACAGCCUGUGCAGCAACAUCCUGGUCUACGAGCACACCAUCGUUCCCACCGAGUUCCUCUCGUCUCAUCUGGAAGCACGCCUCUCCGAGAUCAUCGUGAGAAUGGCCCAUUACAACCAGAGCACCCAGGAGAUCGCUCGGCCCUCUGAACUUGUGGCUGGUGUGAGGUCGUACGCCGCCAGCCUGCAGACCCUCCCCAACUACGUCAACGUGGAUGUGGUGCGGCUGCUGAAGAGCGUCCUGCUGCAGCAGACACAGCCUCUCGACUCCCGAGGGGCGCCUACGAUCACCAACCUCUACACCAACUGGUACCUGGAGAGUCUGCUCCGCCUGGCCAGCAACUCCCUGGUUGUGCACUGUCCGGCCAUGCAGUGUUUUGUCAAUCAAAUAUCCGACAACGAUCCCGCCUUCCAAGCAGAAGAGUUCUCAGACAUAUCAGAGCUGCGAGCGCUGGCCGAGCUGCUGGGCGCCUACGGCCUCAAGUUCCUGAGCGAGAACCUCAUGUGGCACAUCACCUCGCAAAUCAGCGAACUCAAGAAACUGGUGGUGGAGAACAUGGACGUCCUGGUGCAGAUGAGGAACAACUUUGAGGAGGUGGAGGAGAUGGCCAAUCUCAAGAGGAGGCUGACAGGAGGAGACAGCCUGCUGAAGAGGAUGACCAUCAUCGGAGUGAUCCUGUCCUUCAGAUCCAUGGCGCAGGACUGCCUCAAAGAGGUGUUGGAGAAGCAUUGCCCUUUCCUGAUGGGGCCCAUCGAGUGCUUGAAGGACUGCGUCUCUCCUGACACGGACAUCAAGGUGACGCUUAGCGUGUUCGAAAUGGCGUCCGCUGCAGGAAUGAGCUGCGACGUGGAUCCGGCGCUUGUCUCCGCUAUCAGAAGCAUGCAGACAGAUAACAUGUCCAUCGAGGAGGAGUACAAGCUGUCGUGCUUGCUGCUGGUCUUCAUCGCAGUGUCCCUGCCGAAUUUGGCCCUGGAUCCCAACUCUUGCUACAGCCGAGAGCACGGAGGCCACAACAACAACAUCCACUGUUUGGCACUGGCCAUCAACCAGGUGGCUUCCGCCAUGUUGACGGUGCAGAACAAGAACAUAGAGCAGCACCUCAAAGAGUUUCUCCUGCUAGCAUCCUCUGCCCUGCUUCAGAUGGGACAAAACGUGGAGAGCAAAAACAGAGAGUCCAUCUACCUGCUCCUGCACAUGGUAAACUCACACCAUUGCCAUUAAAUGCUUUGCAUGACAGUUUGGAAUGCUAAUUAGGUGGAUCAAUCUAAAUUUGACUCCACUUCCUGCUUGGGCUUCAAUUCUGAUGAUGAAACAUUGACCAAUUAGCAGAAAAUAGAAUUACCUGAAUUUGACUGUUUAC